CUCAUUUCCUUUCUCUUUCUAUUUCUCUCUCUUGGAAGAAAUAUAGAAAAGAGAAAAGGAGAAAAGGAGCAGCAGCCGUAGCCAAUUAGCCAUCGCUCUCUGAAUUCUCUAUCUCUCUACCUAAUAGAGAAUUCCAUUAAAUAAGUAGAUUUGUUGAUUGUUUGUUCCAAAAUCGCUGUUCUAGGUGGUGAUUGUAUAAUUUAGACGGAGAUUAGGAGCAGCAGCCAUAGCCAUCGGUGUUUAGAAUUCUUUCUUAUUCUCUGUUUCGCCAUUUUUGAAAAAUCCACAUCAAAUAAAUUUGUUGAUUAUUUGUGCUAGAAUCGCUGUUCUUUUGUUUUGUUUUUUUUUUUUUUCCCACAAUUUUCAUGAUAAAGUUCUGACGCUCAACACGGAAUUUCUGUGCCUACGAAACGGAAAAGCUUAGGGAAAAGGUUAUGUCGCCGGUUCCGAUUGAGCAUACAUUUCUUCCAACGACGUCGUCUUCGCCGUCUUCUUCUUCUCCUCCAUCUCCACAGAGGACUCCGUGUUUCCGUGAUCUGAGAGGGGUGCGAUGGCGCAUCGAUUUGGGGAUUUUGCCGUCUUCCCCAUCUGCUUCCAUCAUCGAUCUUCGCCGCGUGACUGCUGACUUACGUAGAAGUUAUGCUACUCUGAGGAGACAGCUUCUCAUUGAUCCACAUGUACCAAAGGAUGGUAGUACCUCUCCAGAUCUUGUUAUGGACAACCCACUGUCUCAAAACCCUGAUAGCAUGUGGGGUCGCUUCUUCAGGAAUGCUGAGUUAGAAAGAAUGGUUGAUCAGGAUUUGUCUCGUUUAUAUCCUGAGCAUGGUAGCUAUUUCCAAACCCCUGGGUGCCAGGCCAUGUUGCGGCGUAUUUUGCUGCUUUGGUGCCUUGGACAUCCUGGGUAUGGGUACAGACAAGGAAUGCAUGAACUGUUGGCCCCACUGCUAUAUGUUCUCCAUGUAGAUGUCGAACAUCUCUCCGAAGUGAGGAAUCUUUAUGAAGAUCAUUUCACUGACAAUUUUGAUGGUUUCUCAUUUCAUGAAAAUGAUUUGACAUAUAAAUUUGAUUUUAAAAAGUUCUCGGAAUCUCUUGAAGAAGAACAUGGAACUGGCAAAAGUCCAGUUAAGAUUAGUAGUCUCAGUGAACUUGACCCCAAGAUACAAUCCAUUGUUCUACUAAAUGAUGCAUAUGGAGCUGAAGGUGAGCUUGGUGUUCUCUUGUCUGUGAAAUUCAUGGAGCAUGAUGCUUAUUGUAUGUUUGAUGCCUUAAUGAAUGGUGCUGGCGGUGCUGUUGCUAUGGCUGAAUUUUUCUCCCCUUCCCCAUAUGGCACUUCGCAUACUGGUUUGCCGCCUGUCAUUGAAGCUUCUGCUGCUUUAUAUCAUUUGCUUUCGCUGGUUGAUUCCUCUCUCCAUAGCCACCUUGUUGAGCUUGGUGUUGAGCCCCAGUAUUUUGCACUUCGUUGGUUGCGUGUCCUCUUUGGACGGGAAUUUGCACUUGAAGACCUCUUGAUUAUCUGGGAUGAAAUAUUUGCAUGUGAAAAUAGGAAGCUGGAAAAAUCCACUGAAAAUGAUACCGACUUUGGCUGCACUGUUCUCAAUUCAUCCAGAGGGGCUUUCAUCUCUGCUUUUGCAGUUUCCAUGAUACUAAAUUUAAGGUCUUCACUACUUGCCACAGAGAAUGCUACUGCAUGUCUUCAAAGACUGCUGAAUUUUCCAGAGGAUACAAAUUUGGAGAAAUUGAUAGCAAAGGCAAAAUCUUUACAGAGUUUGGCAGUGGUUGCUAAUAACUCGACUCCAUUGCUGAGUUAUGAUGGGUUCUACAAGAGAAGUAAGUCAACAGCUGUGAGAAGCCAUAGCAAUUCAUUUGAUUUAACUUUGGCAAAUCCAUUGAAUUUGCUAGCUGAAAGCUACUGGGAAGAGAAGUGGAGAGUUCUGCAGAAGGAAGAAGAAAACAAGAAAUGCAUUGAGGAGAACAAAGUUCCAGGACACAGAAAGUCUUGGUCUGAGAAAGUUAAGUUGCGCUUGUCAAGAACUGAGUCUGCGCCAGCUCCAUCUAUGGUCAAUGGUGGAAGAAAAGCACCCAAUCCAGCUGUUAGAAGAAAUUUGUUGAAAGAUCUGGCUCGGCAGCUUGGGUCAGAUGACGAUACAGAUGAUUUGGUUGAUGAUGAAAAUGUUGGCCAGAGGGAUCUGGUUGAUACUGAUGGACAAGAUGGAGAAAACAAAAAUUUUAGUUGCACAUCUGAGGAGAGAUGUUUCAGCCGAAAGACUUGUAGUGAACAGAAUUCUUAUAGUUUUUCUGACCCACCUAGCCCUAUUAGUGGUAAUAUCCAUCAGGAAAUUGGAUCUGACAGAAGCAGUGUUGCAUCAAAUUUGUCUGUUGGUGACAAUGAUGGUGAUGCAAGUAACGCUGUGGUGUCUGGAACUAACCUAGAAGGAUCUCUUCCUCUAGAAGGUGUUUCUGUGAAGUCUGAACAAAAUGAUGAUUCUGGAGGGAAAUCCACAAAUAGCUCAAAGGAGCGGAAGCUUCUGUCUGUCAAAUUUAACUGGUUUUGGAAGUUUGGACGGAAUGCUGGGGAAGGGGCAUCUGGAAAAGAUAGUGGCCCUGAGGUCACGAAAGUCCCCUGUGGUGGGAACAGUCAGAACAAUCAUAUUGGAUCUUCUACAGUUGAGGGGUUUGAUAGUUCUGGCACUAGCAGAGGAGAGAAUGUAGACCAGAAUUUGUUGGUUUCAUUAAGAAAUCUUGGGAAUUCCAUGCUCGAGAAUAUUCAGGUGAUCGAAUCUGUUUUCCAGCAAGAUCAGUCUCAAACAGUAUCCAAGAGUGUUCUUGUGGGUAAAGGACAAGCCAUGGCAGCUUUAAAGGAGCUUCGAAAAAUCAGCAACCUUUUAUCUGAGAUGUAAGGAGCAAUAGUAAUUCAAACUUGUAUAUAAUUUUGUAAUUAAUUAUUCACGAGUGCUGAAAUAAUAGGCUUUGUUCUCAUAUCUGGAUGGGAUAUAUUUUGAAACUGUAUUGUAUCAGCAUUGAUGAACUGAUGAUGCUCUACAUGAUCUGUGAAUGCAUUUUUCCAA